AUAUCAAAGUAUUGCAUUAUAAAAAGUGAAUGAUAAAAACGGAAACUUGUUGGGGAACAGAUGUAGUCAUCGAGAACAUCUCAUCAUCGGAAAUACCGAUUAUUGGAAAUAUAGAAGUUUCGUAAUCGCCACACCAAUUCGAUCAAACCAACAUGACUCUCGAUUCAAAUAAAGAAGAGCGUGCCAUGCUGAACUACGCUACGCCUAAUUACAUUUCAUCGGGCGUAGAGAAUAACAACAAUAAUAACAAUGAGAAGAAUGAAAAAGAUACCUUAUGUAAAGACAAAACAACCGUGCAAUACUCAUCGAAUUCAAAAGGAGUGCUUGCACAGUGCUUGGUAACAGGUGCAGUAUUGUUGCUGGCGACUGGUGGCGGCAUGCCGAUUGGUUACAGCGCUGUUCUGUUGCCACAAUUGUCAGACAAUAGCAGUACUAUAUAUGUGGACCGCGAACUUGGCUCCUGGAUAGCUUCGGUUCACAGUCUGGCUACUCCUAUCGGCUCCUUGCUAUCAGGACCGUUGCUCGAUGCAAUCGGCAGACGAAGUAGUCUCCAAUUGUCGGCUGUUCCUUUAUGCAUAGGUUGGCUGAUCAUCGGUUUCUCCAGAAACGUGAUUUCUAUUUUAGUAGGAAGAGUCGUCUGCGGCUUGUCCGUAGGAUUGAUGGCAGUGCCUGCACAGGUACUAGUAGGAGAAAUGGCGGAUCCAAACCUUCGUGGAUUCUUGGCGGUGGGCGGUUUCGCAUCGUACUGCUGCGGCAUCCUGCUUGUUUACGCUUUGGGCGCUUCUUUUAAUUGGGACAUCGUGGCCUUCUGCGCCAUUGUACUUCCUUUUCUGGCCUCCGUCGCUCUCUGUUUGGUGCCCGAAAGUCCCGUCUGGCUCGUUAGACGGAAGAAAAUUGAGCGCGCUAAGAAAGCCCUUUUGUGGCUCAGAGGCGGCGAUAUGGAACAGAUGUGUAAGGAGAUAACGUUUCUCAACACAAGAAUGGAAACUGAUCUCGAUGAAAGGCCCGCAAAUAUAUCGCUGAAGGAGCGAAUCUUCUCGGCGGUGUCCACGAUUCGCGAUCCGGGUGUGCUGAAACCAUUGGUCAUCAUCAACGUGUUCAACAUGCUUCAAUUAAGUAGCGGGACGUACAUUAUCGUCUUCUACGCCGUCGAUAUGGUCAAGGAUAUCGGCGGCGGCAAUGUGGAUAAUUACUUAGCGGCUGUGGUGACGGCGGUUAUCAGGUUUAUCUUUUCCCUCGUCUCCUGCGUUUUGCUACUUAAAAUGGGCAGGCGAACCUUAGGCAUCCUUUCGGCGCUCGGUACGUCCUUGGCUUCAUUAGUCCUUGCGGGAUACAUGGUCGCCGGGAAGGGGGGAGCCUCCGUAGACUCUUACGUGCUGGCUGUAUGUCUGCUGCUUUACGUUGCCGCGAACACCAUUGGUCUGCUGACACUUCCCGGACUGAUGAUCAGCGAACUGAUGCCUCUAAGAGCCCGCGGCAUCGGCGGUGGAUUUAUUUUUUUCUUCUUCAAUUUACUUAUGUUCUUCGCUACAAAGUGUUUCCCAUUGGUGAACGAAGCAGUUGGCACAACGGGGAUUUUCGCCAUCUUCGGUACUUUCGCUUUUCUGGAGGGUUUUAUUUACCUUGCUCUACCGGAAACAAAGGACCGUACGCUUCAAGAGAUUGAAGAUUAUUUCCAGCAAAGUAAUAUUUUAUGGAUAACCAGAAGACAGGCAAGAAGAAGGAACCGUGUCCAAGAAGAAUAGUUUUCUACAAUAGUAUUUAAUAUUUCUCAUCGCGUGUAAAUAAGAACAAAUUAAGAUGUUUUCUAUAAUUUAUACAACUGCGAUCUUUGUUUAGUAGUAAAUGUAAUUGUACAUUUUUUAUAUCGUUAUUAUUUUAAGAUGUUUUUAUGAAUAUGUGCGGAUAAGUUAAAAUUAUGCCAUUAGAUGUAGCAAUGUAAUGACAUAAUGACAAAUGUAUGUAUAUUCUUUAUUUAUAAACAAAUCAUAUUAAGUCGUACACGGAGAAAAUUUUAUAUCAAAA